UUCGCUCGCCGGACUUCCGUUCAAGCUAGCGGCAAUUAGCCACAGCCUUUUUGCUCGUAAACCUUCCUUUCGGCCAUAAAGCACGGUCACAUUUAUUUUAACAAGUGCUAAAUUGAACAGGUCACUUUCAAUAAGAUGGUCGUUUUGACAAAAUACGACGAAGAGCAGGAUUAUAUCCUGAUCGAGGAGCGUAAAUGCACCUCCCUGCCCAACUCUCCAGCCAAGCGAGUGUGUCCCAGCAAAAAGAAGCAGUUUUACAUCAACCAAGCCAUCCGCAACUCUGACCUUACUCCUCGAGCCAAAGGCAAGAAGAGCCUGCGCCGACAGGAGAACACGCGCUAUCUUGCCAACCUUCUUGAGAGGGAGGAGGAAUGUUCCAUAGAUGAUCUCGAGGUUUGCAGUAGUCCAGCAAUCCCGUCCAUCUUCACCGAAGCAUGCACUAACGACAACUACAUUGAGCCUUGGAGCGACUUCAUGAAUUGUUCAGGAGAAGAGCAGGAGAGACUUUUGUCUUUGCUCGAGAGAGAAGUGGCCAGGAAGAAACAGGCCAGACAUCUCCUUAAAGAUCAGCGGAAUGUAAAUCCUGCCUUCACAGCUAAAGAAUGUUUCCAGAGAAUCGACCGGAGACUACGAAUAACUUUGAGACGAAAACAAAUCCCAGUGGGAACUCUGGAAGUCCUUGAAGAAAACAUUCUGAGCUUCUUCGUCACUCAGCCUCGCUCAGUUUACACAGCCAACCUCUCCAGCAGCUUUGAAAGGCUGCUGCUCCAUGCUAUCUGCCAGUACAUGGACCUUGUUUCUUCAAGUAGCGACAUGAAUGGGUCACGUCAGACUGAAGUGGUGAACAAACAAGAGGACUUCCUGCCUCCCACGCCUCUGUUAUCGGCCUACUUGGAACAAAGAUGCUGAGGCGGAGGCUACGCUCACAUGCAGGCCUUAAAGUAAGCAGGGGCUUGCGACAUGAACGUCUGCAAGGUUGACCCCGGGUAGAAAAAUCGCUGUGGUCUGUUGGGAAGCUGUUAGUUCUGAAUAUAUCCAUCACUUAAAUCAUUUAAUUGUGUGUCACACACAGCAUCAGUCACAGUGUAGGACGGCACUUACGAAUAAAAUGUCAUAGUGUAAGGGAAGUCAAAAGUAGUUGAUAUCAUUUAAGGCUUUAUUAUGGUGUUUGUGCAUGAAUGUGAUCGUGAUGCCGUAAUGCACUUCAUGAAUAUUAUACUGUGCUAUUGCUACUACCCCACUGCUAAAAUAUUAGUUGCAUCCCAUCGCGAUGUCUUCACUGCCUUUGCGUGAUUGUUUUUCUAAAAAGAUUUAUUUGCAACAAGCUUUAUAUUUUCUUUUUUGGUUUGUAAAAAAAAAUAGCACAUUUGACCAACGGUGAAUUUAUCAAGCUACGUAAUCGAAUGCGUAAGAAAAUCAAGAAGCUAUCUCAUGGGAUACAUUGUAGACUGUAGACAUCUACAGCUGUGCAUUUCUAAUUAACAAAUACUUAUACUUACCAUAUUUUUAUUUACACAUUAUUCUCUGCUUGAAAUGUAAAAUGUCUGCUUUUUACGGCAACAUUAAUAUUUAGUGCUAUAACCCCGGAUUUCUACUGGUGGUGUAACAGCUGCAGAAGGUCUCCGCCAUCUUUUACGAGAUCUUGCGAAUCCAUGCGUAAUCACGUGAUAAAGGGAACCACUAACAUCAUAUUCUGUCCGUCCGGAGGAGCAGAAGCAAAUAAACUUGGUCCUGCUAUUCGGGAUAUGUAACUGCUGCUGAACGGCAACACCGCGGAACGUCUCGACCUUUGCCGUCCAUCAAUACCAACAGGCAGGCGUCUGUGACGGCACAGACUUGACUCGUGGAAUAGACGACAGUUUUGCCUUGCAGAACAACAACUUUAUUUUUCUAUUUGUAGCAAGCAACAACACAACAGUGGUAUCAUCCCUGGUGAGCGUUACACACACACACACCUCAUUUAAUCUCUUGCUCACCGCUUCCUGGACCCCUGUAUCAGCUGGUAUUUGACAGAGAUCCCCAAAUAGCUGUCCAGAAUGUGCCUGUAAUAUGAUUCUUUGAUUUUGGAUCUCCAAAAAUCAGCAUGUCCUCAUUUAUUUGUGUCAACAUGUAGGCCUGGGCCGAUAUUCGAUAAGUCAAUUAACCGAGCGAUAGAUGAAAAUGUAGUCGGUAACUUUUCCAUUGUCGGUAAUCGUCAUAUGCAUGUAUUGUUAUGGCUGCAAGAAGCAGAGUAGUCACUCUUAGUACGACAUGCACAUAAACAGUAAAAAUAACCGCUUCAAAACUACCGACGGUUAGUAUUACUGUAUUAAAUUAAAAUUACCGUAUUUUUCGGACUAUAAGUCGCCGUUUUUUUCAUAGUUUGGCCGGGGGUGCGACUUUUACUCAGGAGCGACUUAUGUGUGAAAUUAUUAACACAUUACUGUAAAAUAUCAAAUAAUAUUAUUUAGCUCAUUCAGAGACUAGACGUAUAAGAUUUCAUGGGAUUUAGCGAUUAGGAGUGACAGAUUGUUUGGUAAACGUAUAGCAUGUUCUAUAUCUUAUAGUUAUUUGAAUGACUCUUAACAUAAUAUGUUACGUCAGGGGUAGGGAACCUAUGGCUCUAGAGCCAGGUGUGGCUCUUUUGAUGACUGCAUCUGGCUCUCAGAUAAAUCUUAGCUGACAUUACUUAACAGUAUAAGUACUGAAUAAUUCCGCUGGUAAUCACAGUGUUAAAAAUAACGUUCAAAAUAUAAAACAUUCUCAUGCAUUUUAAACCAUCCAUCCGUUUUCUACCGCACCUGUUCAAGAAGUCGCAUUAAUGGUAAGAAGUAUUUUAUUUAUUAUUGGUUAGCUUCAGAAUAACAAUGUUAUUAAAAAGAAUGAGAGACUUAUUAUACUCAAAAAAUGUUGGUCUUACUUAAAAAUGCACGCAUUUAGUUGUAUUCAGUGUUAAAAAAAAUAUGAUAUGGCUCUCACGGAAAUACAUUUUAAAAUAUUUGGCUUUCAUGGCUCUCUCAGCCAAAAAGGUUCCCGACCCCUGUGUUACUUUAACAUACCAGGCACGUUCUCAGUUGGUUAUUUAUGCGUCAUAUAACGUACACUUAUUCAGCCUGUUGUUCACUAUUCUUUAUUAUUUUAAAUUGCCUUUCAAAUGUCUAUUCUUGGUGUUGGGUUUUAUCAAAUAAAUUUCCCCCAAAAAUGCGACUUAUACUCCAGUGCGACUUGUAUAUGUUUUUUCUCUUCUUUAUUAUGCAUUUUCGGCUGGUGCGACUUAUACUCCGAAAAAUACGUUAUUGAAAAACUGUGGUCGACAAUUGCACUUUGAUAAGCUUACAGAAGGACUAGUUUUAGCUUGCUAGGUAGCAUAAAUGCCAACAUGAACGGGAGACAUUGACAUAUUUUCCCAUUAAGAAACGUCAUACUCCAGUCUAAACUUGUAUGAACACCUUCCUGUCUAAACAACUAAGAUACAGUUUUCUCAUUGAACAUAAAGGCUGUGCUGUCUUUACACAAAGAUAUUGAUGUAUACGCCCCAUUCUAAAACGUUUAAAAAAUAAAAUGGAAGAAGAUAAACAUACCGUAUUUUUCGGAGUAUAAGUCGCACCGGAGUAUAAGUCGCGCCUGCCCAAAAUGCAUAGUAAAAAAGGAAAAAAAAAAUAUGUAAGUUGCACUGGAGCCCGGCCAAACUAUGAAAAAAACUGCGACUUAUAGUCCGAAAAAUAAGGUACUUAAAAACACAAAUUAAGAUAAUAUGGCUGUUACGAAGCCAGAACAAUAUUUGAUGUUUCCUCUGCCAAGAAAGUGUAAAAGAUGUUAGUGUGUGUGCAAGUACUUUUUGAGCACAUUCAACAAUACCACAGAAAUAAUAACUGUAAGGAUUUUGGUCACUAUAACUUUAUGUAUGGUUUUGGUUGUGUAUAUUUGAGGAUGCCCUACCCCCUCCUUAACAGAGACAGAACCUAUUUUAUUGCUUUUGGUCGUGAUUUUUAUUCCAGUGCAACAUUUGGCUAACUUAUUUUUAUUAUUGGUUUGUUUUAUUUAACUUGGAAAUUUUGAAGUUUACAAUGUUAAAAUGUACCAGAAAUACAGGUUUAUUGCAUUUGAAAGGGUACACUUGCAUUGUUAUUACGUAUUAUCAUUUUAUCAGUGAUAAUUUGGGUCUCAAGAAAAUAAUGUCAAUAGUAUUGUUUAUCUGCAAUAAUCUGUCGGUCAACACAUCAUCGGACAAAAUGUGUUAUCGGCCCAGGCCUAUCAACAAGGUGAAAUUACUUUUGAAAACUUUCAACAAGUUUACUUCAGGUCCUUCCCUGCCCAUUAGGACGUUUGAAAGUGUAAAAUACGAUUCGCCUUAAACACGGAGUAUUUUAUUUUGUAAACCGCAUCCUUUAUUUUGUGCGUGACUUCCUGUCCCACACAAGCAGAUUUUAGCUAAAUUGAUCUGCUGUGUACCCCCUGCGACCCCAAGAGGGACACGCGCUAGAAAAUGGAUGGAUGGAUGAUCUGCUGUGUUGCGGGAACCGGCAAAAAUAGAAGCUCUGCGUAUAUUUAGCCCAGGGAAGCGGUACGGCACAGGCAUGGCGGCACCAUGCACAGGUGGUCCACCAGUAAACUGACACAUUGACUAGAAGUUCAAGUUAAAGUACCAAUAAAUGUCACACACACAUGUGGUGUGGUGAAAUGUGUUUUCUGCAUUUGACCCAUCCCCUUGUUCACCCCCUGGGAGGUGAGGGGAGCAGUGGGCAGCAGCGGUGCCAUGCCCGGGAAUCAUUUUUGGUGAUUUAACCCCCAAUUCCAACCCUUGAUGCUGAGUGCCAAGCAGGGAGGUAAUGGGUCACAUUUUUAUAGUCUUUGGUAUGACUCGGCCGGGGUUUGAACUCACUCUAAGUGUCCGCCCUGAGUAGAUUAGAAGGAAAAUGGAAAGAGUCUGUUGCCGUGGCGGUGCCAUUCUGUAGCUGUUAUGCAUCCAUGGAAACCUGGGGCGAGAGUGUCUAAAUUACGUUAUAGUGUCAAAAAAUAGCAGUUAAAAUGGGAGUCAAUGAGGCCGAAAAUGUUCUGAAGAGAAAGUGUGUAUACUUUGUUUAUAUCCUAUUCUAACAAUGUCACCAUCAAAAACACAAUGUUGUUUUAUUAAAAUCAAUUUGUAAAAAAAAAAAAAAAAUACCUGGCAAAAUUUCCGACCACGAACCUUCAAACAUCACAUAAGGAACACAUGUCAUGCCCAUUUUGGGCCCUAUUGUUGCACAAGGGUUAAAUGGAUUUAAUAACAGUGAGAGGCACGUUAUAUAAUUGAGAGUAUCAAAAACAGGUACCGUAUUUUUCGGACUAUAAGUCGCAGUUUUUUUCAUAGUUUGGCCGGGGGUGCGACUUAUACUCAGGAGCGACUUAUGUGUGAAAUUAUUAACACAUUACCGUAAAAUAUCAAAUAUUAUUUAGCUCAUUCACGUAAGAGACUAGACGUAUAAGAUUUCAUGGGAUUUAGCGAUUAGGAGUGACAGAUUGUUUGGUAAACGUAUAGCAUGUUCUAUAUGUUAUAGUUAUUUGAAUGACUCUUACCAUAAUAUGUUACGUUAACAUACCAGGCACGUUCUCAGUUGGUUAUUUAUGCCUCAUAUAACGUACACUUAUUCAGCCUGUUGUUCACUAUUCUUUAUUUAGUUUAAAUUGCCUUUCAAAUGUCUAUUCUUGGUGUUGGGUUUUAUCAAAUACAUAUCCCCCAAAAAUGCGACUUAUACUCCAGUGCGACUUAUAUGUUUUUUUUCCUUCUUUAUUAUGCAUUUUCGGCGGGUGCGACUUAUACUCCGGUGCGACUUAUACUCCGAAAAAAUACGGUAUUUGGGGGGCUUUUGUUUUUUGAGUGCGUCUAUUAUUUUUCAUUUGCUUGGGCCUUCGAACGUAACCCUUGAAAAUACAGAGGUCUGGACUUGUACGAUAAGGGCCUUCUCAUGCAAUGGGGAACUAAAUGAGGACAUUAAACUGAUAAUUCAUAAUAAUAAUAAUAAUAAUAAUAAUAACCUAUUUAGUGAACAUGUUUACACCGGAAGAUGUAAAGCAGAGGAACCAGUCUGUGCUUUAAUAGUUAGAAUGACGAGUCUGUAGGAGUCAGGUUAGUUCUCAUGCAUGAUAGUGAAGACACCAUUCAUUAUAGGUUAAGAAGUAUUGUAAAAGGAUCAUAAUUAUAAUCUUUGGAAUAUGUGCAGUUAGAUCUUACGGUACAGUACCAUUGACAAUAGCAUUUUUUUUUAAAAAGUUUUCCAAAGUUUAUUUCACAUAUGCGUACUUGAUACAAUUGUCUGCGUUUAUUCAUGCAGUUACAUUUAAGUUGCUCGUUGUGUUCCAAAUGGCGCACUACUACACGCAGUUGGAACACGCUCAUUCAAAGUGCUAAGUGUGGGAUUAUUUGGAACACUGCCACAGUUUCAUAGCUGGCAAGACAGGAAGUAAAAAUUGCCAGUGUCAUUUACAGUUAAGUUUUUUUCCCCCGCCAAACAUCAGUUUACAUCAACACAUUCUUAAGGCCGCAUACAGGAAGUGGAGAAAAAUGAGACCCGCUUUGCUUUAGCCAUGAUGAAGCACUUCUGCCUUAGGAAAACAACUUUUUUCUGUACAUAUAUUUCUACAUUUGUAUACUUUACUAAACCGUAGAAGCACAUAUGCAGGUUUUUUUUUUUUUUUUUCUAACAAAAUAAAAGCCUAGAGUCUUUUGUACUGUCUUUGACCUGUUGGCCUACUGUAUGCGGUUGCCAACAACCAAAGUUUUUGUGGAAACCGUUUCUCAGGCUUGUAUACUUCUGCAAUUUGAAUGUCAUUUUGUGUAUCACUUUUUGUGUACAACAUUCACUCUUCAACAUGUACCCCCGCACACCCCAGUGCUCUGUUUGCCAACAUAUUCCAACACUUAUACUGUAAAUUGCCAACAUUUGGACUUGAAAAGCCUUCGAUUCUGAUAGCUUUACACACAAGAUUGUGUACAUAAUAGUGGUGUGUGUGUGUGUGUGUGUUAUGGUGCUUAUUUAUAACUAUCAUUGCAACAAUAUAUUUUUCUCUUUUGAUUAUGUGCAUGAGAAUGCUUACAGGCCAUGUCUGAAAAGACAGUUUAAUAAAUAUUUAUUUAACUGA